GCUUGCUGUCUUGGGAGAUUCUGGGAGUUACAGUCCAAUGCCAGGACCCUUUUGCAUGCUAAUGCACACACACCCAUGUGCAUUUUCUUUUCAAUAAAAGGGGAGAGGCUUCCUCCAGACUGCAUUGCGCCCUGAUCUCACCUUGCCCAAUGCAGCUCCUUUAAUGCUGCGUCAACACUACAAAGGGCAGAGACUUUGCCCCUUUUGACUCUCUCCCCUUGGGAAGCGUCUUUGGCCUUGCGAUUUUUCCAGCCACAGAACGCUCAAGAUGAAGAUCGCGUUCGCUCCCCGCUCUGUCCCGUUACAGAGACGGCUGCAGACGGCUUCUGUGGCUCAAUGGGUCUUCAGCUUCCUUGCCUUAGCUCCGUUGUGCAUUGUGAUCUUCAUUGGCCUGGUCUUCACCCGCUUCUGGUUGAUCAGUGUGCUUUACGGAGCAUGGUGGGCCUACGAUUGGGACAGUCCGCGCAACGGUGGCAGGAAGAUCAAUAUGAUUCGAAACUUGGUUGUCUGGAGAUAUAUGAAGGACUACUUCCCCAUCACGUUGGUGAAAACGGCGGAUUUGGAUCCCACCAAGAAUUACCUCUUUGGCUUCCAUCCCCACGGGGUCCUGGUGGCCGGGGCUUUCAUCAAUUUCUGCACUGAAGCCACAGGGUUUUCCAAGAUGUUUAGAGGCCUGAGCCCUCAUCUGAUGCUGCUGGAUCUUUGGUUCAGAGCCCCAUUCUUUCGCGACUACGUCAUGAGCGGAGGUUUGGUGGCCUCUGACAAGGAAUCUGCUGGCAACAUCUUAAGGAAACCCGGAGGUGGGAAUGUGCUCACCAUUGUCAUCGGAGGGGCAAGAGAAGCCUUGGAAGCUCGGCCUGGAGCAUUCACCUUACUGCUGGCCAACCGGAAGGGCUUUGUCCGGCAGGCCUUACAGCAUGGAGCCUCGCUUGUCCCCGUCUUUUCCUUUGGAGAGAAUGAGUUGUUUGAUCAAGUGGAGAACCCUCCAGGUUCCUGGCUGAGAAGCACGCAAGAACUCCUGCAGAGGUUCAUGGGGGUCUCCCUUCCGCUCUUCCACGCCAGAGGAAUCUUCCAGUACAGCUUUGGCUUGCUUCCGUAUCGGAAACCCAUCUUCACCGUGGUUGGCAAACCCAUUCCAGUUGAGAAGAAUCCCAACCCCAGCCAAGAAGAAGUGGACGACUUACACCAGUUGUACAUGGCGGAGCUGAGCAAGCUCUUCGAAGACCAUAAACUGAAGUACAACGUUCCAGAGGACAAGCAUCUCUCUUUCGUUUGAAGUCAGAAAGCCAUGAUCCGCAUUAACUCCCCUGUUUACACUGGGUUGGAUCCCCAAGAAUGUGAGGAAGAAGCCACAAGUGCAGCUGUAUAUACGCAAUUGCACAAAUGUUGAUGCAGUGCUACAAUGUGUACAUUUUUCAUUUUCUCUUCUGCAUCCAGAUGCACACAAUGGUGCGCAAGCAAAGAAUAUAUUUGGCUGAUUCUUUUGGCACUGAUUGUUCUUGCUUGAGAUCUAGAUCUGCAACGGAUUCAGUGUUGAUAGACAGAUAGAUUUGAGUCCAGUCUACAUGGUGUCGCCACCCAUCUGAAUACAGUAGACUCUCAGUUAACCAGCACUCGUGGGGACUGGUAGAUGCCAGAUAAAUGUAGUUUCUGGUUCCUUGAGAGUUACUAUUAAAAUACCGUAUAUACUCGAGUAUAAGCCGACCCGAAUACAAGCCGAGGCACCUAAUUUUACCACAAAAACUGGGAAAACUUAUUGACUCAAGUAUAAGACGAGGGUGGGAAAUGCAGCAGCUACGGGUCAAAUUAAAAAAUAAAAAUAGAUAUUAAUAAAAUUACAUUAAUUGAAGCAUCAGUAGCUUAAAUGUUUUUGAACAUUUAUAUAAAACCGUAAUUUAAGAUAAUAAAAAGGCUUUAAUAAGAUAAUACUGUCCAACUCUGAUUACCGAUAUACUCGAGUAUAAGCAGACCUGAAUAUGAGUGAGGCCAGGACCCUCACUUGAGUAUAAGCCGAGGUGAGCGUUUACAGCCCUAAAAAGGGCUGAAAAACUAGACUUAUACUCGAGUAUAUAUGGUAGGUCUAAUAUACCCCAUACUGUAAAUUGCAUUAAUGAUAUCAAUAUUGAAAUACAGUCAUUAAGAGCAAAUUAAGACAUGAAAUACAGACAUAACUCAAUGUACAUCUUUAAAGGUAAAGGUUUCCCCUUGACAUUAUGUCUAGUUUGUUGCAGAUUGGAGAUGAUAAAUGGAAGAUCUUACUUGUGCCCGCGCUCCAGAAUCACCCACCACUCAGGAAAACUACAGAAACUUUACUGAUUCCAAGACAUUAAAAAAAAGUAGUAUUUACAAUGGUCCCUCAAGAAGACAGUCCUGGUUCUUCACCUUCUUUUCUCAGCAGCAAACAGGCCUCAAAAUAGCAAGGCCUCUCUGAGUACACAGCUCUCUUCACAGCAGUAUUCAGUCAGCACUGAAAAACUUGUCCAAACUGGUUCUGCAGCAGCAGAACAGAAACAGUAUCAAAUCAACCCCCUGAUCUUUGCAGGCUCAGCCAAUCGGCUUCAUGCACUUCAUUUUACAGUUAACACACACAGCACAGUGCCUUUGCAAACCAUGAUAUAGUUGUGUCCUACCCUGGGGGGUGGUACUCAUCUCCAUUUCUAAGUCGAAGAGCUGGCGUUGUCCGUAGACACCUCCUAGGUCAUGUGGAUGGUAUGACUGCAUGGAGCAUUGUUACCUUCCCACUGGAGCGGUACCUAUUGAUCUACUCAAAUUUGCAUGUAUUCGAUCUGCUAGGUUGGAAGAAGCUGGGGCUAACUAUGGGAGCUCACCCCGCCUCGCAGAAUCGAAACACCAACCUUUCUUUGCUGUAUUAUUAAAAUAGUAUUGUGGAUGCAGUAUGCAAUUAAGGUGCAGAUAAAAAUCAAUUUUAUUUGAAUUCUUAUUUAAAGCAUUGAAAGUAUUAUGUCUUUGAUAUUCUGCCAGUUGCUUGAGUUCUGGAUAACGGAGAGUCUACUGUAUACCAAAUUCUUCAGGACGAGGGCUUGUACACAAUAUACAAAUGAGAGCAGGAAACGGGAGAGUUUUAUUUUCAGAUGUAGGGAAAGGAGAUACAAAAUCAACAGGACAACACUGAAUCUGGCCGGCGGAAAAGCAAAGAGCCCAAGGCUGUUAGGGAUUGUGGGAGUUGAAGUCCAAAACACCUGUGCCUGUUCCAAACUGUAAAAUUAAUGCAAUUUGGUUCUACUUUAACGGCCCUGGUUCAAUGCUAUGGGGUCCUGGGAGUUAUAGUUUGAUGGCCCCCCCGGCACUCUUUGCCAGAGAAGACUAAAACUACAACCUCCUUGAUUCCAUAGCAUAGCAGUUAAUUGGGUGUCAAACAGCAUUAAUUCUACAGCGUAGAUGCACUCCUUCUCCAUUGUGCCUCUUUUGCUAUUUUUAAUAAAAACAUUGCAAAAACAAG